UGCUGAAUCUUAUUGAUCCAGAAGGCGGCUAAUUAGCCCUUCCCUUCGUGCCUGUGUAAUGAAGCACAUGCGCACUGAAUUAAUCACAGCCAUUUUUUUUUUUGCAGGAAACUAAUUAGCAGGAAUAAAGAUCCAAAGAGUUUUUCCUUUUCAAUCAUCAGAUCUCACUUUCACCUCUUCCUCGCUCCCUCUAACACAAGAACUCAUCGCCUGCUUUGCAUCCAAAUUAUUUUUAUAUUGCCUUUAACAACUAAUCGUAGCGACUUGGGGUUUUUACGCUCCGCAACAACAAUGAUCUUUCUUUUGCCACCCUAAGCGCAAACUGACCAAAAGGAGCUGCCUUCAUGGGAUCUGUAGCUAGAUCGUCUCGAUUCUGGAUUAAAAAGCGAGGAUCACAAAGCGGCAGCGACGAAUUGCCUGGAUGCGAUGAAUGCCUCAUGUAGGCAUCAGCAUGGACAGCUGUGAGUCUCCCGUGGUUUCUGGGACAGAGGAUGGGCUCAGCUCCUCCCAGCAGCAGCAAGCACCACAGUCCUGGAACGAUCACUCAAGCUCACAGGUUACUUGCACCAAUCAGGCUCCUUCUCUGGAUGCUUUGUCUCUCUCUGCUUCAUACCUGUCUCAACCCCAAAACUCCAUUGCACCUCAUGACGGGGUGAGAGAACUACAGUCCCACCAGGAGCAGUCAAAACUGACAUUACCCCAGGCCCACAGAGAUAGCUCCCUUUUAGGGGAGCUACAUCCCAGAAGAGAGGGUCUUGGGGAAGUGGAGCAAGAGGGAGUGAGCUGCGGAGAAGAGGACGGAUCUGAGGACUUGGAUGAAAUGGAGAUUGACAGCUGUUUUCCAAGUCUCCAACCAUUUCCUGGGGUGCCAAUAGCAUCAGGUGGAGGGGGUAUGCCAACUCUUUUGCGACAUCAACCCACACAACAGCAGGGAUCACCUGAGAGUGGGAGUGAGGAAGGAGAGGAGGAAGAGGAAGAGGAGAGUAGCGAUGUAGAAAACCUGGCUGGAGAGAUAGUCUAUCAACCAGAUGGCUCAGCAUAUAUUGUGGAGAGCCUUAGUCAGUUGAUCCAAAGUAGUGGAGGUAUGGUACCCGGCCUGCUUCCGACAAAUUCUCUCACCAGUGGGAGUAAACUGGGAGAACCUGCUGGGACGUCAUCUUCAGUCUAUCCACAGAUCAUCAACACUUUCCACAUAGCCUCGUCCUUUGGGAAGUGGUUUGGUAAUUCAGACCAAGAUUUUCCCAAUACCUCAACAAUGGCAGGUCUCAGCCCUGUCCUGCACAGUUUUCGUGUCUUCGAUGUGCGGCACAAAAGCAACAAGGAUUACCUAAACAGCGAUGGGUCUGCCAAGAAGUCCUGUGUAUCCAAAGAUGUUCCCAACAAUGUGGAUUUUUCCAAAUUUGAUGGGUUAGCUCUUUAUGGCAAGGGUAAACCCAUUCUAAUGUGUUUUCUCUGCAAGCUGUCCUUUGGCUAUGCUCGUUCUUUUGCCACUCAUGCCGUCCAUGAUCACCGUAUGACACUGUGUGAGGACGAACGACAGCUAUUAGGAGACAAGCAUGCCUCUGCUAUCAUUCAGGGCAUUGGAAAGGACAAAGAACCCCUUAUUAGUUUCCUGGAACCAAAAAAUAAGAGCAGUUCAUUGCCACCAACUCUGCUCCCCAUGAACUCUGGGCAGAGCUUCUAUGGCACAUUUAGUGGUGUCCAUCUGGAGCCUGGAAGCAGUAGUGGAGGCAGUGAGACUCUCAUGAACAAAGACACAAACUCUGGCCUCCAGCAAAAGCAGCAGCAACAGCAAACUCCACUUGGCUCAGUCCUCUCUUUAGGUGGGCUGAACAUUUCCAAAGCAUCCACUCUCACCUCAUCCUCAGGCUCUGCCAAAGACUCCAGUGCCCUGUCCAAACAAGGAGGGAGAACAGAGGAGCCUGCAGGGAAAAAGUUUUCAUGCAAGGGAGAAGAUGGGAACACUGAGGGACAUGAACACCAUGUUCAAAUAUCCAACCAAUUGGGGGGUUCAGAAGAAGAGGAGGAACUGUUAUUAGGAGAAGAAGAUGAAGUUGAGGCAGAAAGCGCCACAGUGGCCUGUGGUGGUACAAGUAGCAGAGAUGGGUGUGAGGUGGGGGAACCAGCUUUCUCAAACCAAAGCAAUUCCAAAUCUCCUUUAUUAAUGCCUAGUAGCACUAUCCAGCCUUCUGCCUGCACCUCUGCAGUCAGUUCCACACAUAACAGCAAAGCCCUUGCUUCCAUUUCCUCCUCUGUCAAGGAAGAGGGUUUAGCUGCAGAUGGUGGAGGGAGGACCUCAGAACUCCCCCUGAGCUUUAACUGUCAGGGACCAACUGUUCCCAUGGCAAUUGUGGCUGCUGCCGUCAGGAGUGAGGAUGACAAUGCUGGCACUUCCUGUUCACCUCUGUCCUCCAAUGCUGCUGCUGAUGAAAGUGCCAAUCGUGAUAGUGCCACAGCUCCAGAACCAAAUGAUUCCCCAGCAGAAGGAGAGGAGGAAAAUGGAGCCCUUCUGCAUCAUCACCACCUGCACCAUCAUCAUCAUCAUCAUCACCUCCACCCUUCAUCUCAUGGUCACUCCCUCCCCCUCCAAGGGGGCUCCUGUGACAUAACGGGAAUGGGUGAGUGUUCACAAAACCAUGGUACUGGUGGGAAUGGAGGAAGUGGGGUAGAGUGCCCUAAAUGUGAUACAGUCUUGGGCUCCUCACGUUCCUUGGGUGGUCAUAUGACCAUGAUGCAUUCACGUAACUCAUGCAAGACAUUAAAGUGUCCCAAAUGCAAUUGGCAUUAUAAGUACCAGCAGACAUUAGAGGCUCAUAUGAAAGAGAAACAUCCAGACUCUGGAGGGUCCUGUGCUUACUGCAGUAGUGGCCAGAGUCAUCCUCGUCUGGCUCGUGGAGAAAGCUAUACAUGCGGAUACAAGCCCUUUCGAUGUGAGGUGUGUAAUUACUCCACUACGACAAAGGGCAACCUAAGUAUCCACAUGCAGUCGGAUAAGCACCUAAACAACAUGCAGACACUGCAAAACGGAGGUUCCAUUGGUUCUUCGCAGGAGCAGGUCUUUGGACAUACACCAGGUGGAGUAGUGGCUGUGCCCUCAGUGACCCAGGCCAGUAGCCAUCACACUCCACACCACCAUCCAACACAGGCCUCCCCCCAUAUGUCUGUUUCAUGUGGAGCACCCUCACCAACCAAGCCAAAGAGCAAGCCUACUUGGAGGUGUGAGGUUUGUGACUAUGAGACAAAUGUGGCACGGAAUCUACGCAUACACAUGACCAGCGAGAAGCACAUGCACAAUAUGAUGCUCCUCCAGCAAAAUGUGACUCAGAUGCAGCAUGGACGACUUGGAUUGGGAGCCAUGCCCUCGCCAUCUGAAGCUGAGCUCUACCAAUAUUAUUUGACUCAAAACUUGAGCCUUCCACCAGGCCUCAAGAUAGACCCAUCAGGACCCGAGGCCCAGUUCUUAAUGGGAAGCUUUCACCUAGAUCCCAGCAUGGCUGCCCUGGCCCCUGCACUUGGUGGAGAAAUCCCUAUGGAUGUGCGCCUUGGCAGUGGGCAGUUGGUGUCCGAGGAGCUGAUGACCCUAGGAGAAAGUCUAUCACAAACCACAGAUCCGUCCCUGAAGCUCUUUCAGUGUGCAGUGUGCAACCGCUUUACCACUGACAACCUGGAUGUGCUCGGCAUGCAUAUGGGAGCUGAACGCAGCUUGCCGGAGGAGGAGUGGCGUGCGGUGGUGGGGGACUCUCACCAGUGCAAGUUGUGCCACUACACCACUCAGCUUAAGGCCAACUUCCAGCUGCACUGCAAAACGGACAAGCAUGUGCAGAAGUACCAGCUUGUGGCCCACAUUAAAGAAGGGGGCAAAGGCAAUGAAUGGCGUCUGAAAUGUGUGGCUAUUGGCAAUCCAGUGCACCUGAAGUGCAAUGCCUGUGACUAUUACACCAACAGUCUGGAGAAGCUGAGACUGCACACUGUCAAUUCCCGCCACGAGGCAAGCCUCAAACUGUAUAAGCACCUGCAGCAGCACGAAAACGCGGUGGAGGGUGAUGCCUGCUACUACCACUGCGUGCUGUGCAACUACUCGACCAAGGCCAAGCUCAACCUCAUCCAACAUGUGCGCUCCAUGAAGCACCAACGCAGCGAGAGCCUCCGGAAGCUCCAGCGCUUGCAGAAAGGCCUGCCAGAAGAGGAGGACGACCUCAGCUCCAUCUUCACCAUCCGCAAAUGCCCUACUUCAGAUACAGGCGAGCUCAGCGAGGAUGUGGAGGCUGCUAGUGAGACCACCACAGACCAGGAGGACCAAACCAAAGACAGAGAAAGUGGGGGGGAGAAGGAGCUUACCAAAGGGACAGCUUUGUCCAGCCACUUGGAACGGCACCAGUCAGAUUCCCCUGUCCCUCCCAAAAGGCCCUCUUCGCAGUCUGAGACUUCUGAGAGCCCGCUCUCAUCGAAGCGUCCGAGGACAGCUGAGAAGGCUGCAGAGCAGAUGUACCAGUGCCCCUACUGCAAGUUCACCAACACGGACUUGAAUCGCCUCAGAAUGCACGUGAUGACGCAGCACUCUGUUCAGCCCAUGCUGCGCUGCCCGUUAUGCCAGGACAUGCUCAACAACAAGAUCCACCUGCAGUUCCACCUCACGCACCUCCACAGUGUCGCACCUGACUGCGUCGACAAGCUAAUUGCCACCGUGACAGCUACUGAGGUAUUACCAGCGAGCAUGUUCAUACCUGUGCCCAGUUCGGACAGAGAGUCCCAGAGUACGCCACAAGCUCCAGCCAACUUAAUCUCUGAGGAUACAAAGAAACAAGCUGAUGCAUCAGAAGCUGAUCCUGAAAAAAUGGUCUCCCUUCCCACGGACAUAGCUGAAGCUCGUAAGUCACCGUUGGAAGAUCAGCAGUUAGAAAGGGAGGAUGCUACUGGAUUUGUGUGCUGGAAGAAAGGCUGUAAUCAAGUGUUCAAAUCUUCCAACUCCCUACAAAUGCACUUCAAUGAAGUCCACAACAAAAGGCCCCAGUUACCUGUUUCAGAUCGCCAUGUCUACAAGUACCGAUGCAACCAGUGCAGCCUGGCCUUUAAAACUGUGGAGAAAUUACAGCUUCAUUCACAGUAUCAUGUGAUCAGGGCAGCCACCAUGUGCUGCCUUUGCCAGAGGAAUUUCAGAACGUUACAAGCUUUGAAAAAACAUUUGGAAACCAGCCACUUGGAAUUGAGUGAAGCUGACAUCCAGCAACUGUAUGGGGGAUUAUUGAUGAAUGGCGAUAUCAUGGCAAUGGGUGAUCUAACUCUUGGUGAGGAUCCUGGAAGUCUUGGAGAAGAUGAAAAAGAGGGGGAUGACAGUGAUCAGGAGGACAAACAAAGUCCAACAGGCAGUGACUCUGGCUCACUGCAAGAGGAUUCUGGGUCUGAACCAAAACGUGCAUUGCCAUUCAGAAAGGGCCCCAACUUUACAAUGGAAAAGUUUUUGGAUCCGUCUCGUCCUUUCAAGUGCACUGUUUGCAAAGAGUCUUUCACACAAAAGAACAUUCUUUUGGUUCACUAUAACUCUGUUUCCCACUUGCACAAGGUAAAGAGAGCUCUCCAGGAGUCUGCUACUGGUCAACCUGAGCCUACCAGCAGCCCUGAUAACAAGCCCUUCAAGUGCAGUACUUGUAAUGUGGCAUACAGUCAGAGUUCUACUCUGGAAAUCCACAUGCGCUCUGUUCUACACCAGACAAAAGCUAGAGCAGCCAAACUUGAAGCAGCUGGGGGUAUCACUAACUCUGCCAGUUCCCAUGGUUUAAUUAGUGGAGCAUCCAGUAUGGGCACUUCAUCAUCAAGUCCAAGCCCUGCUGGUAACUCAACUACUAGCUCAAAUAACCACAGUUCAUCUGGGUCUCAGGCACCUCAGAGUAUUCAUGGUGGAAACCAUACGAACCAGACCCACAGCAUUGAAAGCUUGGGAAAUUCUUCAAUAAGCUGCCGUUCCUCACCAUCUGAGAAUCACGAGACAAAAAAGUCUAAAUUUACAGAGAUUCUUUCUGCCAGGGGACAGCAACAACAGCUUCAGCAACAACAACAAUUGGCUCAGGCUCAAGCUCAAGCUCAAGCCCAGCUUCAGCAAGAGCUUCAGCAACAAGCUGCCAUUUUACAAUCACAGCUAUUUAAUCCUGCACUUCUGCAGCACUUCCCAAUGACAACUGAUGCACUUCUACCCCUGCAACAGCAGCAGUUGUUGUUCCCAUUCUACAUCCCUGGAGCAGAAUUUCAAUUGAACCCAGAAAUUAACAUCAGCAACUCUGUACUUGGCCUAGCUGGAUCAGCAGCCUCUUCCCUGUCAGAAGAACUGAAAAACUCAGUUCAGCAGGCCCAGCAAAGUUGCUUGCAACAGCAACUGAUGCACCAUCACCUUCAGCAGCAGCACCACCAACAGCAGCAGCAGCAGCAGCAACAACAACAACAACAACAACAUCAACAGCAGCAUAAACAGCAACAGUCUCACUCACAAGUUCAAGGCCAAAUGGCACUACUGCAGCAGACUGCAUCUCUUCUCCAGCAGGCUGAGAAAAAGCAGAAACUUUCCUCCUCUCAGAAUGACAAGGAUAAAGAAACUCAAAAAGAGAAGGAUGUCUCUGGCAAAAAUGAGGACUAUGUGAAUAAAGAAUCUACAGAAACCAAACCAAAAGAAAAGAAGGACAUUCAGCAAAUUUCAUUAAAUAUUAAUCAUGACUCUGGCUUUCCUCCACCAAGGAUUGCUUCAGAUGCUCGAGGAAAUGCAACUAAAGCCUUGCUAGAAAACUUUGGAUUUGAAUUAGUUAUUCAGUACAAUGAAAAUAAACAGAAAGUUCAAAAAAGGACAGGAGGAACUACUGCAUCAAGUGGUCCAGGUGGAAUAAUAAGAGUGGUGGACCCCAUUGAAGGAUUAGAGAAACUGGAAUGUGAAGCUUGUGGCAAGCUGUUUUCAAAUGUGCUGAUUCUAAAAAGUCACCAAGAACACAUCCACCAGGCUUUUUUUCCAUUUCGAUCUCUUGAGAGAUUUGCCAAGGAAUACAGAGAAAAUUACGAUAAGCUCUAUCCACUUAGACCUCCAACACCAGAGGCUGUUCCAGCUCCACCACCCCCACCUCCGCCACCUCCUCCACCUCCACCACCUCAACGAGCUGCCACACCAAAUAUUCCAGUCUCUGCUGCCUCACUCACACCUCCAACUGUACCUCCCCCUCAGCCACCGGUUCCAAUGACACAAAUAUCUAUGCCAAUGGAUUUGCCCCUCUUCUCACCUCUUAUGAUGCAGCCAAUGUCUCUACAGUCCUUGCCUACUCAGUUGCCUCCCCAGUUAUCAUCUGUUGAGCCAAGCCUGGCAUCAGACCUGGCUCAACUCUAUCAACAGCAGCUUACACCAGCCAUGUUACAGCAGCAGCAGAACAAGAGGCCACGAACACGCAUCACCGAUGACCAGCUUAGGGUUCUGCGACAGUAUUUUGAUAUCAAUAAUUCACCAAAUGAGGAACAGAUAAAAGAAAUGGCUGACAAGUCUGGGCUGCCACAAAAAGUGAUAAAGCACUGGUUUAGAAAUACCCUCUUUAAAGAACGCCAGCGCAAUAAAGACUCACCUUACAACUUUAAUAAUCCUCCAACGACAACUCUAGAGGAUACAAAAGUUGAUUCCAAACCUCCUUCCCCUGAACCUCUGAAACAUGAGUUUUAUGGAAGUAAAAGAUCAUCCAGAACAAGGUUUACGGACUACCAGUUGAGAGUCCUGCAGGACUUCUUUGAUGCAAAUGCUUAUCCUAAAGAUGAUGAAUUUGAACAACUUUCCAACCUUUUGAGCCUUCCUACUCGUGUUAUUGUGGUCUGGUUCCAAAAUGCUCGACAGAAAGCAAGGAAGAAUUAUGAAAACCAAGGCGAUGGAGGAAAAGAGGGUGAAAGACGAGAACUGUCAAAUGACAGAUAUAUUCGCACAUCAAAUCUGAACUACCAGUGCAAAAAAUGCAAUUUGGUUUUCCAGCGGAUAUUUGAUCUGAUAAAACAUCAAAAGAAGCUGUGUUACAAAGAUGAAGAUGAGGAUGGACAGUAUGACAGCCAAAAUGAGGAUUCAUUAGAUCUGUCCCAUGAUAGUUAUACCCCCUCUGGGUCUUCUUGUCAUACACCAAUGCCCUCUUCCUCAAGUCUUUGCCCUCUUCCUCCUUCAACUUCAGCAUUUGCACACGUCCCAUCUACUGAGAAAGAGGAAGCAUCACCAGCAAACCCCUCAAACCUCUAUGAUGAGAAGCCUAAGCAGUUACCAGAGAUUUCUCCCGAUCCACAAGAAAACCAAACUUCUAUUAAGCAAGAGACUGUGCACCAACCCCAGUCUGAGCCAACACAUCAAAGAUCUCAAAGAGAAGAGAAGAUCCAAAGUAUUUCCAAGUCUGUCAAGCAUUCAUCUCCUUCCUUCUCUCAGCAACAGCAAUUGUGUGGCCCUUCAGCUUGUCAAACAAGCCAGGCCUCAUCACAAAGCUCACACAUGGGUAUCAAUCCACACUUUUCCUCUGCCACACAACAACUGGCACAGCAGAUGAUCCCAUACCAGUGUGAGCAGUGCAAAAUUGGCUUUCCCUCCUUUGAGCACUGGCAGGAACACCAGCAGUUGCACUUCCUCUCUGUGCAAAAUCAGUUCAUCCAUCCUCAGUUCCUUGACCGUCCAAUUGAUAUGCCUUUUAUGCUGUUUGAUCCAAGCAAUCCUCUCCUGGCAAGCCAGCUUCUCUCUGGGGCAAUGCCUCAGAUUCCGAGCACCUCUGCCACCUCUCCAUCCACCCCAACCUCCACCAUGAACUCCCUAAAAAGAAAGCUUGAGGAAAAAGCUAAUACUAGCCCAGGAGAGAAUGACAGUGCUAAUAGUGGAGAGGAGCCACAGAGGGACAAGCGACUCAGAACCACCAUUACACCUGAGCAGCUAGAGAUUCUUUAUCAAAAGUAUCUCCUAGAUUCAAAUCCCACUCGUAAAAUGCUUGACCACAUUGCCCAUGAGGUGGGUUUGAAAAAAAGAGUCGUACAAGUGUGGUUCCAGAAUACUAGAGCUAGAGAGAGAAAAGGUCAGUUCAGAGCGGUAGGGCCAGCCCAAGCUCAUCGUAGGUGCCCAUUUUGUCGAGCUCUUUUUAAAGCAAAAACUGCUCUUGAGGCACACAUUAGGUCUCGUCACUGGCAUGAAGCCAAACGCGCUGGAUACAAUUUAACUCUCACUGGCAUGUUACCUGACCAGGAGAGCAUGCAAAUAAAAAUGGAUACUUUGGACACAUCAAUCUAUUCCCAAAUAGCUCCCACUACAAACAUUGAUGUACAAAGUUCCUCCAUGUCUCCAGUGAACAAAAGCAUGGAUCUGUCUCCCAGAGUUCUACUGAGUCCUUCAUCCAUUAAAGUUGAAGGAAUGGAAGACUUUGAGGGCACAACAAUGUCAUCUGUAAACUUAAGCUUUGAUCAAAACAAACUGGAUAAUGAUGACUGUUCUUCUGUGAAUACAGCUAUCACAGACAUAACUACAGGUGAUGAGGCCAUUGCCGAUAAUGACAGUGCUGAUGUAAAGAACAUCCAAAAUAGUGGUGAUUAUCUCUCCAAGUCUGGAAGCACAGGCACUAUUCUUGAAAACGAUGACCAGAUGUCCUCUGGGUUAGUAAGCCCUGCAACAAGCUAUUAUGCUAAGGACUUUGAAAAUGAACAUAUGAUUGACCACAGUGAGACGUCCAGCCUGGCUGACCCUUGCUCACCAAGUCCUGGAGCUUCAGGUACAAGGAGCAUUGAUAGUGGAGACAGGCCCGGCCAAAAGCGCUUCCGAACCCAGAUGACUAACCUCCAGCUGAAAGUGUUAAAAUCUUGCUUUAAUGACUACAGGACACCCACAAUGCUGGAAUGUGAGGUGCUUGGCAAUGACAUUGGACUUCCAAAGAGAGUGGUUCAGGUGUGGUUUCAAAAUGCCCGAGCCAAGGAGAAAAAGGCUAAACUCAACAUGGCUAAGCACUUUGGAAUAAAUCAGACGUCUUACGAAGGGCCAAAGACUGAAUGCACAUUGUGUGGUGUCAAAUACAGUGCCCGCCUUUCUGUUCGUGAUCAUAUAUUCUCCCAGCAGCACAUCUCUAAGGUGAAGGAUACCAUUGGCAGCCAGAUUGAUAAGGAAAAGGAAUAUUUUGACCCAGCAACUGUUCGCCAACUCAUGGCUCAGCAAGAGAUGGACCGCAUUAAGAAGGCAAAUGAAGUUUUAGGUCUGGCACAGCAGCAGGCCAUGCAGCAGCAGGGAUUAUUUGAUAAUCCCGCAAUGCAGGCUCUCAAUCUCCAGUCAGCCUAUACAAACUUGCAAGGCAUCCCACCUGUCCUUUUGCCAGGGGUUGGCAGCCCCUCUCUUUCCAGCUUUAACUCGUCUAAUUCAGCUUUAACUCCCCCUAAACCUUCAAACCUCCUGAACAUGUCUGGUGCCAGUGUUCCCUCACCAAGCCUUCCCACUUCUGGAUUGCCAAACAAGCCUCCCUCCUCAUCAUCUCUUGCCACAUCCAGCUCCGCCCAGACCAACACAUCUGCUUCCCACUCAAGCUCUACUCCCACAUCCACCUCCACCUCCUCAUCUAUCCAGUCUGGCUUGCGACCUGAACCCUCCAAAGAACGUGAUGCUGAGAGGACAAGAGAUAAAGAAAAAGUUAAGGAAAAGACAGAGAAGCCCUCAACCCCAUCGUCAACUGGAAGCACCCCUGCUCCUUCCACAUCUGCUGCCAGCGCCAAGAAGGAGAAACCAGACACAGCUGUCCCUGCCACUUCUAUGCCUACACCUGGGAUGGAGUAUGUGGUAGACCCUGCCCAGCUUCAAGCUCUCCAGGCUGCUUUAGCAUCAGACCCCACUGCUCUUCUUACAAACCAGUUCCUACCUUAUUUCAUGCCUGGCUUUUCCCCUUAUUACACUCCACAGAUACCUGGGGCCCUUCAAGGGGGUUACCUACAGCCAAUGUAUGGCAUGGAAAGUCUCUUUCCUUACAACCCAGCUCUGUCACAAGCACUGAUGGGCCUGUCUCCUGGGUCCCUAUUGCAGCAUUACCAGCAGUAUCAGCAGAGUUUGCAGGAAGCAUUACAACAGCAGCAGCGACAACUUCAGCAGAUCCAGCAACCCAAGGCAAGCCAAACUCCAGUACCCUCUCAAACCAUGGGGGAUCGCAAAGAUUCUGCCAAAGAUUCUGUUAAAACAGAGGAUCAAAAGGGCACCCCCCACAACGAGACCCCCACUUCCUCCUCCUCCCAUAACAAAGCAUCAUGUGAGCAGAACGAGAAAGAUAGCAAAGCUGUGGAUCACCCUCCUGACCAAUACAUUGUACCAAAAGUGCAGAGUAAACUGGCAUGUCGCAAGUGUCAAGCUGUUUUCACCAAGGAAGAAGCAGCUAUCACCCACCUUAAAUCAAACUGUUUUUUUGGUCAAUCUGUGGCAAACCUACAUGAGAUGUUGCUGCGUGUCCCCAGUGGCAUAGGUGUAGGGGCUGGAAGUCUCUAUGACUGCCUGGCUUGUGACACUAUGUUGGAUGGGGAGAAAGCACUUAGUCAACACCUGCAGUCGGCAUUGCACAAACACAGAACAAUCAAGCGAUCAGUCAGAAAUGCCAAAGAGCACGCUACUAGUUUAUUACCUCACUCUUCAGCCUGCUUCCCCAGUCCUAACACCGCAUCUACCUCGCAGUCUGCCACUCAUCCCAUCAGCAGCCCCCCUCUUCAGGCAACAACAUCAGCCACCAUGCCAUCCUCUGCUGUCUCCUCAUCCAUGUGCUCCUCCUCUUCUAAGGCCCUACUCAACACCACAGCUGCCAGCAAAUCCUGGCCACAAGUCCCCUACUCCAGAGCUUUAGCUGGGAAGCCCAAUGGUAGCCCCUCCUCUUCUUUUCCUCCAGUGUCCUCACCUUCAACGGUUACCUCAAGUUCAUUGAGCACCUCAGGAGUUCAGACCUUGAUACCAACAGACAUCUUUACUGAUGAGUCUGACUCUGACAGCAGUCAGAAGUCAGCAGACAGGCAGGGCAGGACGGCAGAGGAGCCGCAGAAGCCCAGUUUUGUCAAAGACAGUAAUAGUUGUAGUAACCUGGCUAGUGUAGGAAUAGACUCCAACAGAUUGUAAGAGAGCUUUCAGUGAUGGACAAUAUUUAAAAAAAAAAAUCUAAGAAAAUGACAAAAAAAAAAAUUU